UUUAUCAGAAUGAGUUAGGUCAAUCCAUUAGGACAUGAAGCUCUGGCUGAGGGCCGCCGGGGCCCUCAAAGACCGGACAAGCUUAUUGGUAGCCAACCUUUCUCCUAAGGGUUCUUACCGGAACCCUGAUCUUGAAACGGCGAUUAUUAAAGCCACUAGUCAUAAUGACAGCUACGUGGAUUACAAGAAUACACAAAGAGUAUUUGCAUGGGUACGUGCAUCCCCGGUAAGCAUGAAGCCUCUUAUAUAUGCCCUCACUACUCGCAUGGAAAAAACUCAGAGUUGGGUCGUCGCUCUUAAAGGCUUAAUGUUAAUGCAUGGCGUUUUCUGUUGCAAAACUCAAGCUGUUUUAAGGAUUGGGAAGUUACCGUUUGAUCUUUCAAAUUUCACCGAUGGGCACUCGAAACCUAGGAAAAUGUGGGGUUUCAAUACGUUUAUUCGAUGUUAUUAUUCCUUUUUAGAUCAAAGGUCUAUGCUUUUGUAUCAUCAACGUAAGCAAACAGAAGAUUCGAUUCUUCAAGAGCUUAUAAAGUUGAAAAAUUUGCAGUGCUUGCUCGAUCUUCUGCUUCAGAUAAAACCCUUGAAUAAGAACAUGAGACAAACUUUAAUUCUUGAUGCUAUGGAUUGUGUUAUUAUUGAAAUAUUUGAUAUUUAUAGCAAAAUUUGCAAUGGUAUCGCAAAAAUUUUGUUAAGCAUAUAUUCUGUUGGAAAGACGGAAGCUUCUAUGGCGCUUAGGGUUCUUCAAAAAGCCGUGAGACAAGGUGAGGAUCUUGCUUUGUAUUUUGAUUUUUGCAGGGAUUUUGGCGUUUUUAAUGCAAUGGAAGUUCCUCAAGUGACAAAUAUAUCAGAAGAAGAUAUUAGAGAACUUGAACGCAUAAUUAAUGGAUUUUCUGAUGAUACAAAAGAAGAUGUUGUCAUUUCUACCAUUGUUGAAGAAGACAAUAAACCUAAUAAUUUGAAGACGAUAAUAACAGAAAAAUGGGAGGUUUUCGAAGAUGAUUUGAAGAUCUUUAAUGAACGGAAUGAGAAUAUUGCAGAAACCCCAUUUCAGAAAAAUUGUGUUCCCCUUGAUCUUGUGCCUGUUCAUAAAAGACAUGAUAUAUUUCCAGAUUUAAUUAGUUUCUAGCUGUUUGAUAUCUGUGGAAUUUGUGCAGUUACUCCCUUUUGCAAUGAGAUGUGUAAUCAACGAAUGAUAUUUUUGUUGUAAUUAAUUUGCUUCAUUUUUUAACUUUUCUGUUCUAGAUAAAGUUUGAUUUC